AAUACAAAAUAGUACAACACAAUAUCCCAUCAUCUUUGUUCUUAGAAGCUUAACAAAAACAGCCACACUUCUUUCUUCUUAAAUCUUGGAAACCAUCUGUUGUUAUUUUGUUUGUUUGAUUUAGGUAUCUUAUUCAACAAAAUCUGAAAACCCCUAUAUUCUUUGCUUCAAUUACAAGAAGAAGCUGACUAAUACAACUUUGAUAAAUUCAAGAAAUUUGGAAAAAUGGAUGUGGACUUUUGGGCUGCAAGAAUAAAUUCAGCAAGGCAUAAUCUCUCUGCUGUACAAACAAACAGGCUCAGCAAUUAUGCAGAUAGUCUCUCAAAUGUGGAUAAUACUCAAGGAGAAGAGGAUGUAAGAGCCUGGUUCCCCUGCCCUUUCUGUUAUGUUGAAAUUGAAGUCCAGAUGCUUUGCAACCAUUUGCAAGAAGAGCAUUGCUUUGACUUUAAAAACGCGGUUUGUCCCAUUUGUGCUGCAACAUUAGGUAAAGAUCCUCUGGGGCAUUUUAUGGUACAGCAUGCACAAUCAGUCAAGAGGAAGAGAAAGUACCUGAAGUUAGGCUUCUGGAAUAAUACAACAGCAAUAAGUGGCAAAGACCCCCACGAAGUAAAUUCGUUCUUCUGCACAAAUUUAGGGGUUGGUCGUUACAAUGUGCCAGAACCUGCUCCUGAUCCCCUUCUGCUGCCAUUUCUAUGUAGCGUGGCUCCUUCUGAUCCUAAAGACGGUCCACAAGAUAACUCUCUUGGCAGUGUUGCUGCCACUCCUGAUGUAGAAAGCAGCAAAAUGCCAGUAUGUGAUCCAGCCCUGGAAGAACAGUAUGAAGAGAAAAGGCAAAGAGCUGCGUUUCUUCAAGAGCUUAUUGCUUCAACUAUCUUCUAAGAUGUUCAUGACCAGACAGAGGAUCAACCCAACCAAGAGAACAGCUUUUUAGAACCUAUGUACGAGAAUAAUGGUUCACGGGAACAUAUUUAUAGGUGCUAUAUGUAUUCCAGUACUUGCUAAAGUCUCGAAUUAUCUAAUAACUUCAUUCAUGAAUCAUGGCUAGAAACUGUUUACAUGAACACAUAUGCACUGCAUAGUAUUUGUAUCCAAACAAUGUAAGUGCAAAUUGAGAGUUUUCAAGUGUAUUGGUACUUUGGUGAAGUUCAGAUAGUA